GAUCAACAAAUGCGACCUAGUUAUUUCAGCUUAUUACACGACGCACACCAUGACGAGCAUCGACGACCUGUUCAAGAAGCCAUUUCUGCCGUCGACCAAUGGCAGCACCAAGCGCAAAUUCGAGGACCAAGAUGCAGAAGCCGCAUACAAAUCCGCAAAGCUAGACCCGAGUGUCGACGAUGCGCCGGAAGAUGAAGAUGAGGAUAUGGAAGCCGGCCCGGAACUACCGCCAGAAGCGGAUGAAGAUGAGGAGGGCCGCUUCUUUGGCAGUGGUACAAAUCAGCACACCAACGCCGCACUGGACUUUGUCGACCGAGCAGAUGACGGCGCAGAUGUCAAAGUUGAGAAGAUUGAUGCUGCAUGGGUCCGUCGUUUGGGACUGAGCUUCGAACGCAAGAUCAACAAGAACAGCGAACUACGCGCAAAAUACGAGACGGAUCCUUCGAAAUUCGUUGCCAGCGAGGCCGACCUGGACGCCGAGAUCAAGAGCUUGAGCAUUCUAUCAGAACACCCAGAACUAUACAAGGAGUUUGCAAAGAUUGGUUGUUCAGCAAGUCUGGUCUCUUUGUUGUCGCAUGAGAAUACAGACAUCGCCAUUGACGCCAUUGAAAUCAUCUCCGAACUACUGGACGACGAUGUUGAAGCAGAACAAGACCAAUGGGAUGCCCUGGUCGAAGCCAUGCUGGAAGCCGACCUCAUCGAUCUCCUCCUCGCCAACCUCGACCGUCUCGAUGAGUCUGUCGAAGCCGAUCGCAGUGGUGUCUACCACUCCCUGUCAGUCCUUGAAGCUUUAUCCUCCAAUCCUACCACCGCCGCGACCAUCGCUCAAGACCCCAUCCUCAAAUACCUCCUCAACCGCAUCUCCGCCACCGAAAAGUCCGUAUCACAAAACAAACAAUACGCCGCCGAAGUCCUACAAGUACUAUCACAAGCCUCCCCAGCCGUACGCGAUCGCUUGAUACCCCUCGACGCCGUCGACAAGAUCCUACAACUACUAGCCGCCUACCGCAAACGCGACCCCGAACGCGACUCGACAGAAGAAGAAUACGCAGAAGACCUCUUUGAUACCCUCACCUGCCUCUCACAACCAUCUGCCGGCAAGUCCGCCUUCUUACUCGCAGAAGGUGUGGAGCUCAUGCUACUCAUGCUCAAAGAAGCAAAAUUCUCAAAAACUCGCGCUCUCAAAGUGCUAGAUCAUGCUCUAUCUGGGCCAUCAGGCCAACCGGUCGCUGAAAAGUUUGUGGAUGCCGCUGGCUUGAAACCGUUAUUCUCGACAUUCACGAAGAAAAACCUGGAAGCCGCAACGAUUGAACACAUACUCGGUAUAUUCUCCGCCCUACUACGACUACUUCCCGGCGAAUCAGCACACCGCAUACGCCUACUAGCAAAGUUUGUCGAAAAAGAGUACGAAAAGCUGGACAAACUGGUCAAAUUACGCCACGAAUACGCAACAAAAGCACGAAACACAGAAGACAUCGACGCCGGAGCUGCAACAUAUUGCUUGAAUACUCUCGACGUUAUCCUCAGUUGGCUAAUAGCCGAAGACGCAGGCGCGAGAGCCAAAAUCAUCAAAGGACUAGCCGACAGAGAUGAAGGAGUGGAUACGUUGAAGAAAAGCUUACAAGAGCAAAUGACUGGCAUUGAUGCCGAAGAGGAGGGUAAUGUUGGCGAAAUGCUGACUGCACUUAUUGAGUGCUUGUGAAAAUGCUGAUAAUCGAAUUCCACAAUGAAUAAUCACGAGUUCUUAAAAGUCAUGGACUCUGGACAUUCUUUUUUGCAAUUAUGACUUUCAUCUUCUUGUCUGCUGCUGUACAGGUCUCGUGCGGGAGCUGAAGAGAAACAUCAAAGCAAAACGUCAUUGCUGAUUUUUGACUAUCUAAAUUACUUUUCUGAAUUGUUAAUUACCUAUUGCUAAAUUCU